GAGAUCUUGAUUAUAACAGGAACAGUAUAUAUAUAUGGUAUUAUAUUAGAAGAUGUCCGGUAGUGUGAUUGCGGUAGGGCUCAUACUUGGACUAAUAAGUUGGCUUGCUUAUAAACGAUCAUUGGAUGAAUCACAAAGAGUUGGAAGAGUGGUAUUGAUUUUAUCACUGGUAGUUUGUUAUUUAAUAUGGGCUAUUACAUACCUUGCACAGUUACAUCCUUUGUUGGCACCACAAAAAGCAAGUUGACUAGGUUAAAAAAGUGAUUAUCGGUUUAGUUAUUGUUUUAAAGGUGUAAAUAAUUCGUUAUGAUACAUUUAUUGAAACAACUCCA